CGGGGAAUAGCCGGCCCGCCGCACUAGUUUCUUUACCCCCGGUAGCCUCAGGGCAGCGGGAUUUCACACGCACUGACACCCCCAGCCGCGGCUGUCCUUCGGCGAACUACAGCUCCCGGCUGUCCCUGGCUGCCGGAGACCUUCCUUCCCUUUCUUUCUCCCUUCUCUUUUCUUCCUGCCGCUGCCGCCCCGCCUUUCCGCUUCCUGCCGCUGGGUCACGGGUGGCGCGGCACUUCCAGCUCGGGGGAAUUGCCCAGUGGGAGCCGCAGUUCUCCAGAUGGCUUCUUUUGGGUGGAAGAGAAAGAUUGGUGAGAAGGUUUCAAGAGCCACUUCUCAGCAAUUUGAAGCAGAAGCUGCGGAUGAAAAGGAUCUGGCUGGCGAUGAUGAUACUAACUGGGUGCAUGCAACCAAGAGAAGAAAGGAAAUUCUCUUAGAAGACUGUGUGAAGAAAAGUAAGGAGCUCAAGGAUGAAGGUGCAGACUUGGCUGAAAAUAGGAGGUACCGAGAGGCUAUUUUCAAGUGGGAUGAAGCACUUCAAUUAACUCCAGAGGAUGCUACACUUUAUGAGAUGAAAUCACAGGUCCUGAUGUCUUUACAUGAAGUGUUCCCAGCAGUGCAUGCAGCAGAAAUGGCUGUCCAGAGAAACCCACGUUCCUGGGAUGCCUGGCAGACUUUGGGACGUGCCCAGCUUGGAUUAGGAGAGAUAGCACUGGCAAUCCGAAGUUUCCAGGUAUCCUUACACAUCUUUCCAAUGAACCCCGAAGUAUGGAAAGAGGACCUUUCCUGGGCCAGAAAACUACAUGAACAGCAGAAGGCAACAAAGACUGAAUCAGUGCAAGCACUAGUGAAAGAAAAGGAGCUUGCACAAGAACCAAUCCCUGACUAUGACUUUGAAAGUGAUGAAAUUGUGGCAGUAUGUGCUGCCAUCGCAGAGAAGGAGAAAGCUCUUUCAGCAGCUAAAUCGGUAGUGAUUGUGUCUGCUUCAGGUACAGUAGAGACUGUUACUGAGAAGGACAAUUGUCCCACAACUCCUGAUGAAACCCUCUUCAUCAGAGCCCGAUAGGACAGCCUCAUGGGUUGCCAUCCUGUUUUAAGAACUAGUGUUAUUUAUUGUGUUUAUCUUGCUUUGUGUUUGUUUGUUUGUUUUCUUUUAGUGGUAGGAGAACCUACAAAAGUUAAAGAAUAGAAGUUAGUUUUCUUUUGUAAAUUAAAGAAUCAAUGACCCGAGUUGUUGCUCCACCCAUGUUUUUAUAGAAGAAAGCCAAGAGCUGAUUGUGAAAAGCUUAUGAACAAAUGUAAUCUUAAAAUGCUUAACUGUGUUCUAACAGCUGCUUUCAUCUUGAUGUAUUUCAUAAUUUUACAAGUGAAUGUCUACAUUUUUCCAGUAAUUCGGAAGCUUUUAUUUAAACUGUAAAAGUGUCAUGGUUUAUCCCCAGCUGGCAGCUCAGCCCCAUGCAGCCACUCACUCCCUCCCCCCAGUGGAAUGGGAAAGAGUGAAAGGGUAAAAGCUUGUGGGCUGACACACAGUUUAAUAGGGAAAGCCUAAGCUGCCCAUAAAAGCAAAGCAAAACAAGGGAUUCUUCCACUGCUUCCCAAGGGCAGGCAACUGCUCAGCCAUCCCCAGGAAAGCAGGGCUCCAUCAUGUGUAACAAACAUUGGGAAGACAAACACCAUCACUCUGAAUGUCCUCCAUUUGGGAUGGAAUAUCUCUGGAGUUAGUUGGGGUCAGCUGUUCUGGCUGUGUCCCCUCCCAACUUCUUGUGCACCCCCGGCAUCCUUGCUGGUCGAGUGGGUUGAGCAGGAAGAGAUGUUGACACUGUGUGAGCACUGAUAAAGGCCCUAUGUUAGCAACACUGUUUCCAGCACAAAUCCAAAACACAGCUCCAUACUAGCCACUGUGAAGAAAAUUAACUCCAUCACAGCCAAAACAUGCACAAAAAGAAAAAGGAAUUUUUAAAAAUUAUUUCAAUAAUUAUUAAUUAACAUUAUUUAUCUUCCACUCUAAGUUUGAACUGUUUUCUGUUAUCAGCAGUCUUUUUUCGCAUUAAGAUUACUUUUUCUUUGAGAUAGUUUCCUAUGAAGCAGAGAUGGAUUAUUAUUUUGCAUGUACGUGUAUGUGUGACAGAUUUGGUUUCUGAUUUGUAGUCUUAUGAAAUCAAGUAGCAACCUCUAUGUUGCUUUCAUAGGUGAAUGGGUUAAACACUGAUUAGAUGAAAGGAAAUGCUAUAGCAAACAAGCCCCUGAAUGCAUACUUAUACUAAAUGUUUCACCAGAAGAAAGAACAUUCAUUUUGAGACUGAAACUGGCCUUCCCUUAUCUUAAGUGCUGUGCUGCAGACAUCACCGAAAGUAAAAUGGUGGGAGUAGGAAGUAGGUAUGGCUGAGGCGUAUUGUGUUCAGCCUUUUCUUUCCUAGUGAGGUUAAUCUGAUAAAGGGAGUAAAUUUGUUUUUCCUAAUUCCUAUGACCUGCCACUAAAAGUAUGUUCUUAGUGAACCAGUUUUUCAGGACAGCAUUACUUUUCAUCCUUUUUGGAUUUUGGAUGCUGUGGUGGGCAUUCACAUGGUGUUAACGUAGAAACAUACUGUAGGAGACUUUUUCAAUGUUGAUCUUUCUUUAGGGGAAGGUGGCAAUUGGUUCCUCACACAGGCAGUUCAGAGAAAGUAAGUCAGGCUGUUGCUUUGAUGUGCUCUGUGCUGAGAUUACUCUCAUUUCAUUGUCUUGGAGACAUGGCAGAGAUGGUUGCCUCCUAACUGUAGUGGAAAAAAUGGUCAACUGGGGGAUUCCUGAAUAAUUCAGGAUUGGGAACAUGUCAUUUUUACUUGAUUAAGAUAACAUUUUGUUUGAUGACAUUUGAAAAAUAGUUUUGUAGAUGAGUGAAACCUUUUGAAAUCUUUGCCUUUUUCAAGUCUGGUUUCUAAUUUUAAAAUAACAUGUUUUAAAAGAAAAUAAUGUUGCUUUAGAAGCACAGUAGUUUUUGCAAUAGAAAAUGUAUUGCAGAAAAAUUAAAUCAUACCUUAUAGUAUAUCUGAUAUCAGAAUAUUUUUAUUUAAGAGGGCACUUACAGUCUUUGCAAAAAUUAAUUAUCCCUUUCAAAAACUUAAUUGCCAUAUAUUGUACUUACUAAGUUUUCAUUAAUUUUUGCAAGAUUCUUCCUGAAUAAUAUGUUUUCUUGUAUGUGUGAAUUUUUAGAUCUGUGCUUGUGGCAGUCAUCAAGGAAAGGAAGACGCAACAGCCAGGGGGUUCGCACAGAGUGGUAGCUCAAAGCUAUCACAACUUUAUUCUGGGGCGCUAGCUCUAUUUAUAGAGUCACGUGGGAAGAUUCUAGAAAUUGGGGAGGAGCAUAGGACAGGCAGGAACAACAACCAGUUACGAGAGGAAGGAGGGACCAGAGGAUUAGUGGGGGCCAAUGAGGAGAGUAUCUGCAAUGCAGCAACUCACAACCAAUCAAAAAAUAAGGGAUAAACGUGAGGGGAAAAUUACAAUACCAUUUGGUAUAAACUGUGGUGUAAUAAAUAUUUAACUUGUAUUAACAACUUGAAUCAGUCUCUGUUAAGUCAACAGUCUCUGUCUUCACAAAUCCAUGCUGGGUAUCUUCAAAACAUGUCCUCCUCGGCUGCUGCCUCAGCCAUAACCUCCUGCAUCUGCUUCUUCCAUUUCAUAAAUUUGUCUCUCUCUUCAUCCAUGCCCUCCGCAUGUGCUUGCACAAGCACAGACAAAGUUACACUUCUUAAUAUCUUCCAAGUAUUCAAAAUAAUUACAAUUACAUUGACUAAAAUUUUUUAAGAAAUGUAAAACAUCAUCCUACAUUUUUAUUUGCUCAUUCAACAGAAAUAGAUUUUAAAUGCUUAUGGAGUAGGCAUUUGAUUAAGAUAUGGUUUGACAGUUUAAAUUGUUACAGGUGAAGGAUUUUUUAAUCUUAUUUCUUCUAUCAACCUAAAUUAUACAAUCUAGUCAGUCAUGAGAAGAGUUAGCAUGAGAAGGAUUUGGACAGAUUUCUUUGAAGACAAGAUGUUCUCCAGCUAGAAAAAAAUCUGUGAGAUACUCUAGGCCAUGUUUUCAUUUUGAAGGAGCUUAGCUAUAUCCACCACAUCUUUUCUUUCUCUGCGCUUUAAACUUGCGUCAGUGUUCUGUAUUUACUCAUAAAGGAAGGAGUUUCCCUCCUCUCAGAGGCUCGUGUUAUCACAGAAUCUGUUUCCACUGAAAUGAUCCACAAAGUUCCUAUUGACUUCAGCACUGCAGGGCCAAACUAAUAAAGGACUGUGCAUCUACACCAUCAGGCAGAACGGCUGCACCAGGUUCCAGGGGUGGUUCUUUCCAUCUGCACCAAAGUGUGUUUUCCUUCUGAUAAGAUUAGGUUAUGAAUUCUAGGUAUUGUCAGAAUUGGGGUAUUCUGUGGAGCACUGCAGAGCAGAUAAGUUCUCAUGGCACUGUUAUUCUCAAACUGGGAAGAAGUUCAAAAAUCGAUGAUUUCAACAUUGUUUUUUGUACAGUAUGCUAUGUUUUGCAUGUAUGGAACUUUCUGGAUCUGUUUGACUAAAAUACUGACUUCUCUGCUA